AUGGAGCGCUGCGCCGUCGCCAACGGUCGCGCUGGUGACGGUUGGGGAAAGCAGCGAUUUCGAGACUAGCUAGGGAAAUUUUAGCCAUCUGCCCCGCCCCCGGAGCCCGAUUCUCCAAAGCCUGGGAUUAAGGGCCUGGAGGCUGGCACCACACCCUGGCCAGGUGUUCAUAACAGGACCAGGUGCGCAGCUGCCCCGCCCUGGUCCCUGGGAGCCCGAAUAAUGGCUGAGAAUCCCAGGAACAGGCCGCGGCAGUGGCCUAAACAAUACCCUUAGGGCGCCCGUACUAGCAGGUGUUUUUCCCCCUCCUCCUUAGGGACUGUCGCUGGAGGCAUGGGGCGGGGUGGGCGACAGGUGCUGACACACCCGCAUGGGGAGACAGAGGCUCUGCAUUGGCCUACUGCGCCGUUCAAGGUGCGCGGUGCCCUCCGGGACGCAAGGGGCGCUGUGGCUACUUUGAGACAGACAACUCUGUCCCUACGACCGGGUCGUUAAGCGCCGUUGCAGCCAUGGCUACUGCUCUAGGAUUUCGCUGCCUUUUCCGAACGCGACCUGCGCCGCUCUGUCGGCACGUCGACCGGCUGUGGAGGAACCCGCGUCGGGGACACCGGCUUUCUCCGGCGGACGAUGAGUUAUACCAGCGGACUCGCAUCUCACUGCUGCAAAGCGAGUUCCCUCAGGCCGUGUACAUCGACAGCUACAGUAGCAGAGGCUUCACUAUCUGCGGAAAUCGCGUGUUUGGCCCUUGCGUGCUGCUCCCACAGACGGUGGUCCAGUGGAACGUGGGAUCUCAUCAGGAUAUCACUGAAGAGAGCUUCUCCCUUUUCUGGAUGCUGGAACCUAGGAUAGAGAUUGUUGUGGUGGGCACUGGAAACAAGACUGAGCGGCUGCACCCUCAAGUACUACAGGCCAUGAGGCAGCGGGGAAUUGCUGUGGAGGUCCAGGACACGCCCAAUGCCUGUGCCACUUUCAACUUCCUGUGCCACGAAGGUCGAGUGACAGGAGCUGCCCUCAUUCCCCCUCCUGGAGAGACUGCACUGGCUUCUUUGGGUCAAGCCUCAGAAUGACACAUCAGGAACCAUCAAGGAGGGCACUGCAUGCUCUCAACGCUUUCUCCACACUUGUCAUGCUCACCCAGGAUAAUAAUUUAUACUCCUCUUACAUAUUUUUGUUGCUCAGUUUGGCUGCUGACGGGAAGGGGGACGGGAAUGACUAAGGGUUGUUUUCACCCAGACAAUGUAGGAUAUUCCCUGGUCCCUUAAAGGCUAGGAGGCAGAUUUGAGGAGACCCCAAUAGCUUUCCCAACUUCUUUAGAAGUAGAACUACAGGUCCAUGAAGUCCACAGGGCAUGGCCCAAGGCUCUGUCACAAAUGAGACUAUGCUAUGAACAUGUGUGAUGGUGGGGACCACAAAAACUGCAAGUGCCCAUUGAACUCAAA